AUGGAGCCCGCGGAGGACUGGCUGGUGGAGUCCUUGCGCUUGUACCAAGAUUUCCAUGCAUUUGACCUCUCAGGAGCCACUCGAGUGCUUGAAUGGAUUGGUGACAAAGGAAUCUUGGUUGCUGGUUAUGAAAGCCUGAAAAAAAAUGAGAUUCUUCAUCUCAUACUGCCUCUUAGACUUUCUGUAAAAGAAAACCAGGGCUUAUUCCCCGAAAGAGAUUUCAAGGUACAGCAUGGAGGAUUUUCAGACAGGUCUGUCUUUGAUCUGAAGCACGUGCCAGACACCAGGUUGCUGGUGACCAGUGGCCCUCCCGGGUGUAACCUGCAGGUGUGGCAGCUCGCAGAGGACAGUGAUGUCAUCAGAGCUGUUAGCACCAUGGACGUGCACGAGAGCGACGGCCCUCUUUGGCCCAGGGUGGCCGUUUUCCCAUCGGUGGCACCCGGCAUCCUCCACGGUGCGAGGCUCAGCAGCCUGAAGGUGGUGGAUCUGGACUCACAGAAGACCACGUACACCUCAGGUGUCAGUGAUGAUGAUGUGCUAAGUAGCCUGCAGGUCCUGGACACGGACACCUUCGCCUUCUGCUGCUCCUCAGGCCGCCUGGGGCUGGUCGACACCCGCCAGAAGUGGGCCCCAUCAGAGAACCUCGGCCCCGGCCCUGGGUCUGCUGGAAGGCGGUGGUGUGCUGAAGCUGGGGGCCGGAGCCCUGGGCCCAGCAUUGCACGCCUUGGCUCAGACGGGCAGCUCUGUCUUCUCGACCCCCGGGAUCUCUGCCAGCCUGUGAGCUCAGUCCAGUGCCCUGUGUCCACACCCAGCCCUGAGCCAGAGCUGCUGCGAGUGACUUGGGCCCCUGGCCUGGACAACUGCUUGGCCAUUUCAGGGUUCGAUGGGACAGUCCAGGUCUAUGAUGUCACAUCUUGGGCUGGAGUGGGGCGCCAAGUAGAACCUCUCUUCACUCACAGAGGUCACAUCUUCCUAGACGACAGUGGGAUGGACCCUGCCCCGAUGGUCACCACCCACACUUGGCACCCCUACAAACCAAGGACUGUGUUAUCGGCAGCCAGUGAUGCCUCUCUGCAUGUGUGGGACUGGGUGGACCCUUGCGCUUCUCACUGA